AUGGCCAAGUCUGCUCUGUCCGCGGCGCUUUCCGCAUAUGCGGGUCCCGACGCGCCGCAGCUGCCCCGCGUUCGCCGUGGAUCCGCCUCCGCGUUCUCGUCCUCCUCGCCCGGUCCGCGCGACUCGGCCCUGAGCUCCAGCUUCGGCAGCUCGUACGGGAUCGGCAAGCAGCAGCAGCAGCAGCAGCGCAGACGUCCGUCGGCAACGAGCCACGGCAAGGCGUCUGAACAACGCCGUGUUUCCGGAAGCGUCUCGCCCGCCACCUUGAAGCCCGUCAGCGGCGGGUCGUCCCGCGCCAGCGUACCGGUCUCGCCGAAUAUGUUUCCGUUCUCGCCUCCAUUGUCGGGCGUGCGCGUGCUGCGAGACCAGCGUCGGCGCGGCAGCUCGGUGGUGACGACGACGAUUCUGAGUCCCUACGAUGGCGAUCUCAUGUUCUCGUCAUCAUUCGACGACCGCGACAGCGUGCUUGGCGAAGAAGACGAGAUCGAUAUGGACAACAUGGACGUCGACGACAUGGAUCUCGACGGCGACCGGCGCUUCCACAGCGACGCAGAGAGCGACACCGACGAAGAGGAUUGGCAGUCGGCGGGCGUGGAGUCGCUCCGCCGCGGCAACGCCUUCCACCUCAUGCAGCGCGACACGGUCUCGUCUGUGUCGUCGGACUCGAUGUUUUCAUCGCGCACCUCGGUCUCGUCCUUUGGCGACUCGAAGGUGUCUGUCUUCUCGCAGUCGGUGCCGGCUGUGGCGAUGGUCAAGCCCAAGACUUUGCCGACCGGGCAGAUCCCCGCCGGCUUUGGCUCACACAAGGAGAAUGUGCCGGUUGACCGUGAAGCCGAUGCAAUCCAGGCAUUAGUGCAGCUACGGUCUUUGUAA